UGGACACUGGUACCGAAGGCCGCAUACAGGGAUGAUAACUACGGAGUAGAGGUCGCGCCAAUAGUAGGCUUUGGCGAAAGGUCAAGGUAUUCAACUUCAGUGAUGCCCAGCCCUGGUUGAUAGGUCGAAUAUCUCACUCAACACAGCACGCUCCGUGGUUUUCCAGGGCUAUCGUUAUUUGCACAUCUGCGAUGUGGACAGCGAUAUUUGUAAUUGUUUUUCUUGUGCGAGCUCGGAACUCAAUGAUUCAAUGAGAAUAUGCCUCAUUGCUAGCUGCAUAUUGUGGCGUACUUGUGAGGGAUGCUGAACCAUGGGAUCAGACAGCAUGUCAAGAUAUUCUUUGCCCAAAGCAAUGUCAUUUUCAAUAGUUUCUGAAAAGAAACCAUGUUGAUUUUCCUUCUCUCCCGUAUCUCGGAUCCGGCGCGUUCCAGGGGAGCCGGUCAGACCUCUGCUAAGUUCCAGCAUCAAGUUGUCAUCAUUGCGAAUGGCUGGGUAUCAAGAACAAAAGAAAAGAGAUUGUACAGCGAAUGUACAGAUGCGUGACAACUUGUAUUAUUAUUGUCGCCCAAACUUCAUGCAUUCUUUCGUAUGAGAUCAUCAUUGAAAAUUUUCGGGCAAUUGGGAUGUGGCGUAUGCAGGCCCGCGACUUCACUUUUUUUUGGGAGAUUACCAUCUGAGGGCUGGGGUAAACAUCGUUUGCUGAGGACCAGGAAAAUUACUUGGAAGCCAACUUCGCAUCGUACUUCCAAUUCAGGCACCCCAGGACCAGGGAAGAGUUGGCAGGGGGUUGUUCAAUCCUGUUCAUGUCCUCAAAAAAGGGGGGUCAUGGAAUCUAUAAAAGGGCCCUCCUCCGCAGCGUCAGGCUCUUUUUCUUUCUCCCAUCAUCAGCAUCUUCAUCGUUUCUUCAAAUAUUUGCCCAACUACCACACUCAUUUAAACCCUUUUAUAUAUAAUUCUUAAUACCGGUUUUAAUACUUCCGACCCUCAAACCGUCAAAAUGAAGUUCUCCAUGUCUGCUAUUGUCCUGGCUCUUGCCACCGUCGCCGUUGCCGCCCCAGGCAGUGGAUACCACCCCGAGGGUAGUGAGGUCGAAGUCAACCAGGUCUCCAACCAGUGCGGACAGGCUCAGAUCUCUUGCUGCAACAAGCAAGUCACCACUGUCAACGGCGGUGACAAGAACUCUGGUCUCCUGUCCGGUGUUUUGGGCACGGUCCUCGGCAAAGGCAGCGAGAUUGGCAUCUUCGACCAAUGCUCCAAGCUCAGCGCCAGCGCUCUUAUCGGUGUUACCGACAUCCUCAGCAGCUCACCCUGCGCCCAGAAGACUGCCUGCUGCCAGGGCAACUCUCAGCACGCCGAGGGUGUCAUUGCUUUGAACCUUCCCUGCAUUCCUAUUGCCGGCCUCUAAGCAGUUUCGCUUCCUCGUUUCCGGUCAUUCAACUCAACCCCAUCCUGUAUUCCGGCCCCUAUAGGAGGAAUUCCUUGCGAGCACUAGGCAAGUAGAGGAUGUUUUGUAUGUCGCACGGAAACUGAAAUUAGGAGACAACGCCGCGCCAUUUUUGAACGAAAAUAUAUAUACUUUACAUAGCAUGUACCAUUUUUGUUCGGAAAGCCUUUCUCUUCUUUUGUCUCUGAGCGUCUCUUGUGUAUACGAAGUUGGUUUGGAGUAUAUGGUAAUAAGAUCUGUAUUUUGCUGAUGCCAAUUAUGUUUUUGCUGUGAAUGAAGGGAUAGAUAUUUGUCUAUCCGUGUAUUUAGCAGGUAGACUUGAAUUCUUGAUAGAAGAUUGAAGUUCGCUGAUAAUCGCGUUUGUUUUCGUUUCCGACAAUUGUCUCCUGUAGACUCGCAUAUUGUGUCUCUUGGAAUAUCGUACCAUUUCCCAAUAUAAAGAAUAUUUCUCAUUAUUAGGGACGCUUUAUACCCUGCUUCGAAGACAAACAUACCUAGCUUCAUUUGAAACAUCAAAGCAACUGCG